CUUAUUUUCUCAAAUAUUUAUCCGGAUCAGACUCAGAUUUUCUAUGGCUCUCCAGAGCCAACUCAGACUUCUCAUCAGACGUCCAUAGCCGGUCCCGGCGACAAUGACAACUGCGAUCUGUUCAAUGGCACAUGGGUCAGGGAUUUGGGAGGCCCAAUCUAUACUAACAUGACAUGCCCGACGAUGCCAAAUUCAAAGAACUGCGGGAAGUAUGGAAAGCCAAUGGACUAUGUAAACUGGAGGUGGAAGCCACAGGGCUGUGAUAUGGCAAGGUUUGAACCCCAACUAUUCUUAAAUAUUGUCCAAGGGAAGACAUUGGCUUUCGCCGGGGAUUCUGUUGGACGGAACCAGAUGGAGUCACUCCUCUGUUUAUUGUCGCAGGUAGAAGCUCCAAUAAAAGUUCACAGUGACACUAAAGAUAAAUUCAUCACGUGGCACUUCAGAUCUCAUAACUUCACUCUCAUGGCACUGUGGACCAAAUUUCUAGUAGAAGAAUCUCAAAGAGAGAUCAAUGGCACAUUACUCGAAUCACAUGACAUGCACUUAGAUAAACUUGAUGCAAGAUUAGCUGCAAACUUAAAUGAGAUCAAUAUCUUAGUUCUAUCUGGUUCACGCUGGUUCUUCAGAAAAAAUUAUCUUUAUGAAGAAGGGAAGCUCAUCGGUUGCAUAUAUUGCUCAGAGGAUAACAUCACAAAUUUCAGCGUCAUUUCAGUUAUUCAAAGGGCGUUUAGGAUGGCUCUAAGUAACUUGGACAGCCACCAAGAGUCCAGACUUCAGUUAACAGUGGUAAGGACAGCAACAACGGCACAUUUUGAAAAUGGAGACUGGAAUACUGGAGGAACAUGCAACAGAACUGAACCAGUGGGACAAGGAACAGCGAUGACUGGUACAGGUGAAUUGGAAAUAAGAAACGUUCAGGUUGAGGAAGCCAACAGGGCACAGAAGGAGAAUAACCACAAGCGAGGGAUGAAUAUAGAGAUUUUAGAUAUAACCAAAGCUAUGUCUAUGAGACCAGAUGGACACCCAGGGCUCCAUUGGGACAACCAGUGGAUGAAUGGUUACAGUGACUGUUCGCACUGGUGCCUGCCAGGACCAAUUGAUAUGUGGAAUGAGUUAUUACUUGCUGUGCUUACCAAAUACAGGAAAAACUUGGAAGGACAAUGACGCGGGGACUUCUGCUAAUC